AGUUCAAAAUUUUAAAUCAUGAUUUGCCUUUACUAAACUAAAAAUAUUUAUUGAACUUGGCAUCACUGUUUUUCUGCUCUUGUCAGAGAAGAACGUAGCUUUCAAAUCGUUGUUGUUUGUGUCGUUGCUUAGAAGUUAUAGCAACAAAGUGAAGUUCUUAGAAUGUCUGGUCGUGAAGGUGGUAAGAAAAAGCCCCUGAAGGCCCCUAAAAAGGACGCUAAAGAAUUGGACGAAGCUGACAUGGCAUUCAAGCAAAAACAAAAGGAGCAACAAAAGGCGGUUGAUGCUGCUAAGCAAAAAGCUGGACCGAAGGGUGGAAAGAAGCACGGGAAGAAGUGAAGUUGCUGAUAAAUGAUAUUUUCUAUUAGAUAUAUAAAAUGUUUAUAUAUAUAUGCAAUAAACCAUU